UCACUGACAUGGCUUCAAUUAUCGCAUCGACGUCCACCCAGUUUACGAUGCAACAACAAAACUGGUGGCCCCAUGAAAACGAUCAAGGGGAUCAUGCAAUGGAUAAAUAUGGCCACCUAAGUGAUAAACAGGGCUUCUUUACCGAUAAACAUGGUUUCCAUAUCGAUAAACAUGGUCGUCAUGGCAGAAAACAUGGUCACCUAAGUAAUCAACAUUGGAGUCAACAAAGUGACAAAGUAGACGAUCAUGAAACGGAUGGAAACACAAGUUUCCUGCGGGCAGCCCGGGACGGCAACCUGGAGGAAGUGCUAGAUUACCUCAAUGGGAGCACAGACAUCAAUACCAGCAACCCGAAUGGACUUAAUGCCCUCCACCUGGCGUCCAAGGAAGGUCACAUCAACAUUGUGACAGAGCUGAUCAACCGAGGGGCCAACAUCGAGGCUGCCACCAAGAAAGGAAACACAGCGUUGCACAUUGCAUCCCUGGCUGGACAUGAGGACAUUGUCAAGCUGCUGGUUGCCACGGGCGCCAAGGUCAAUGUUCAGGCGCAGACUGGUUUCACGCCGCUGUACAUGGCAGCCCAGGAGGGUCACUCAGACGUGGUGAAGUUCUUACUGGCUAACGGGGCUAGCCAGAGUCUCUCCACCGUGAUGAAUAACAAUGCGCGCGAUAGGAGAAGUGUGGCGUCCCAGGAUGGAUUCACUCCCCUUGCGGUUGCCCUACAGCAGGGCCAUGAGCGUGUGGUUGCGGUGUUACUGGAACACGACACGAAGGGCAAGGUGCGACUUCCGGCCCUGCACAUUGCGGCAAAAAAAGACGAUACAAAAUCGGCAGCUUUGCUCCUCCAGAACGAACAGAACAGUGUGGAUCUUCAAACCAAGGGUGGAGGGCUAGUCAAUGAUACUACAAAGAGUGGGUUCACUCCUCUGCACAUCGCCUCACACUAUGGCAACGUCAAUGUCGGUACCCUGCUCAUCCAGCGCGGAGCAGACGUCAACUUCAAAGCCAAGAACAACAUUACACCCCUACAUGUGGCUGGCAGGUGGGGCAAGAACACCAUGAUCACGCUGCUGUUGGACAGCAAGGCCACCAUUGAUGAAAAGACACGGGAUGGUCUGACCCCACUGCACUGCGCGGCGCGUAGCGGCCAUGAAAAUGUGGUGGACACGUUGCUGAUCAGAGGGGCUCCAUACCAGUCGAAAACAAAGAAUGGGUUAACUCCCCUGCACAUGGCUGCGCAGGGUGAUCAUGUUGACUGCGCACGCCUGCUGCUGUACCACAGGGCCAAUGUGGAUGACGUCACAAUGGACUACCUGACCCCACUGCAUGUCGCCGCGCAUUGCGGUAACGUGGCAACAGCCAAGCUCCUUCUUGACAGGAAGUGCGACCCCAAUGGCCGUGCUCUGAACGGCUUCACACCUCUGCACAUUGCGUGCAAGAAGAACAGGAUCAAGGUUGUGGAGCUGUUGCUGAAGUAUGGCGCCUCCAUCGAGGCCACCACAGAGUCUGGAUUGUCACCCCUACACGUGGCUUCGUUCAUGGGUCACAUGAACAUCGUCAUCUACCUGAUUCAGCACGACGCGAAGCCCGACUACCCAACGGUGCGCGGCGAGACGGCGCUGCACCUGGCUGCGCGUGCUCAGCAGACUGACAUCAUACGCAUCCUCCUUAGAAACGGCGCAACUGUUGACGCCAGAGCUAGGGAGCAGCAAACACCUCUCCACAUCGCUGCACGCCUCGGUAACGUGGACAACGUUGUCCUGCUGCUGCAGCACGGCGCCAAACCAGACGCGACAACAAAGGACCUGUACACACCCCUGCACAUCGCUGCCAAGGAAGGCCACGAGGAGGUCGCUAGCGUACUCCUGGAACACGAUGCAAACCUUAACAUGACCACAAAGAAGGGCUUCACCCCGCUGCACAUUGCGGCCAAGUACGGGCAACUGAAGGUGGCCAAGCUCCUCCUGCAGAAGGACGCCAACCCUGACGUGCAGGGCAAGAACGGGCUCACCCCCCUGCACGUGGCCACCCACUACAACCACGUGAGUGUGGCCCUGCUGCUACUGAACAACAAGGCAUCGCCUCAUUCCACCGCCAAGAAUGGUUACACUCCACUGCACAUUGCGGCUAAAAAGAACCAGAUGGACAUUGCCACCACCCUACUGGAGUACGGGGCAAAACCGGAUGCAGAGUCAAAGAACGGUUUCUCACCCCUGCACCUGGCCUCCCAGGAAGGUCACACUGACAUGGUUUCUCUUCUGCUCGAACACAAGGCUAAUGUGAACGCCAAGUCCCAUAUUGGACAAUUCGUGGACGGAACGUCCCAUAAUGGCCUAACACCCAUGCAUCUGGCUGCCCAGGAGGAUAAAGUCCCGGUCGCAGAGGUGCUUGUAAAGUACGGCUCACAGAUUGACCCGCAGACCAAGGCUGGCUACACACCACUACACACUGCAUGCCACUUUGGACAGAUGAACAUGGUGCGAUUUCUCCUCGACCAUCAGGCGUCAGUUAGUGCAACAACCAAGCUGGGUUACACUCCACUCCACCAGGCCGCACAGCAGGGUCACGUUAACGUCGUCAACACGCUGCUUAAGAACAAGGCUUCGCCCAACGCUGUCACCAAUAAUGGCCAGACGCCACUUUCGAUUGCCCAGCGUCUGGGCUACAUCUCCGUGGUGGACACUCUCAAGGAUAUCACGGAGGUCACGGAGACCAUAACCAUGGGCGACGACAAGUACAAGGUCGUCUCCCCAGAGACCAUGCAGGACCCCUUCCUCUCGGACUCGGAAGACGAAGGAGAUCCAGCUAGUCCCUCCCGCCGUAAACAUGGUUCCUUGAGAUCAGGGAUGUCCUAUCAUCGACAUAGUUCUUUCAGAGAUGACAAUCUGUCUGAGAGGGCGGGCAGUGUUUCACCGCUAAACACUUCCUAUGACAAGGAUGUUGUCAUGCGCGUACCAAGCGCAACCGAAGACAGCCGACGGCGCAUGAAGAGCGAGAUAGGCACCGCUCUCCACUACCCCUCGUACCUGGAACGAGGGCCGGACUACGAGGCAGAAAUGCGAUACUACAGUGGGGACCCAUUUUCACCGAAAGAUAAGGAUCAUAGGUCAGGGGAUUACUCCACUCUGGGAUCCUCAGACUUCUCCACCCUUGGAAGGGAUAGUGGCGUAGAAGGCUCGAAAAUAAUUCGCUCAGUAGAUGCGAGCCAAAAUUCACUUGAUGCUGAUGACUAUAUUAAUGAAGAUUCUUUAAAAAAGCACUCGUUGCUCUACGGUGAGGAUUUCUUCGCUCGUAAGUCAGUGCGUCUGAUGGAAACUGAGGCUCAUGCAGGACGCGAUGUAGCCGACACGCGUGGUAUAGGUAUCCCAUCUAAGUCAAGGGCGUACUCUUCCGAUCUCGUGGAAGGGUACGACCUGACACACAAGUUUGAGUACCUCCCUGAUGACUCCAUCCAGCCUCAACAGCAGGACUACAUGGAGGCAACAAUGACUGUGAGUUAUGAGGCUCCAAUCUUGGCCUCCCACGGGGACCAUCGCUAUGCGGCUGCGCCGGGAAAGUCCGAGCCUGCGCGCUUCAGCUCUUACAGCGGCUCCUCAUUCAACACACCCAUGGACCCGGAUAACGUCGCAAUAGACAAGACUCCUGUGUACUCUGGAAAACUUAAAUGGAAGAGCUUCCUGGUGAGCUUCAUGGUGGACGCGCGAGGCGGGGCGAUGAGGGGAACGCGCCACAGCGGGGUGCGGAUAGUGAUCCCGCCAGGCAAGGCGGCUGCGCCCACACGUGUCCUGUGCCGUCUGAUCAAAAAGGAGAAGCUGUUGCACCUGCCGGUUCUGAACGAGGGAGAGGCUUUCGCAAACAGGAUCAUAGAGAUGGGGCCGCAGGGAACCAAAUUCCUAGGGCCAGUUCUCAUCGAGAUCCCGCACUUUGCGUCACUGCGCGAGAAAGAGCGAGAGAUCCAGGUGAUGCGUAGCGACGACGGAGAGACCUGGUUCGAGCACCCGAUGGUCGCCUCGGACGACGCAGUUGCCAAGGCCAUGGCUGGAAUAUUCGAGGGUGGGAAGCCUGUAGCUAGCAUGCUCAAAUUUGAAGGUGAAGACGAGCUAGCGGCUAAGCGUAUCACACGCAUACUGACCUCUGACCUGCCCCAGUACUUCGCCAUCGUGUCCCGCGUACGCAUCGAGAGUCAGCUGAUCGGGGAGGAGGGCGGCAUGAUCAGCUCCAAGGUCGUCCCACAGGUGCAGGCGGUGUUCCCCAAGGGGGCCCUCAACAAGAAGAUACCCGUCGGCUUACAGGCCCUACCCAUCAAUCCUGACAUCAUCUCCAAGCUGUUUGGUAACCGCGUUGCUUGCAGCCCCAUCGUAACCGUGGAGCCAAGACGGCGCAAGUUCCACAAGCCCAUUACUCUGACAAUCCCUGUACCGAAGGCCUCCCAGAAGGGGAUGAUCAAUCAGUACCAGAAUGAAAACCCCACACUGAGGCUCCUGUGUAGCAUUACAGGAAACCACAGUCUAGCAAGAGGUGGAGCCAACGCGUCGGUCUGGGAGGACAUAACAGAGAACAAGAACCUUCAGUUCACCAAUGACUGCGUGUCCUUCACCACCACCGUGUCUGCCAGGUUCUGGCUGAUGGACUGCCAGGCGACCACAGAAUCUGCUGCCAUGGCGACGGACAUCUACCACGAGGCGGUCACAGUGCCAUACAUGGCGCGCUUCGUUGUGUUUGCCAAGCGCACCGGCACUGAGGAGGGUCAGCUGCGUAUGUUCUGCAUGACUGACGACCGCACGGACAAGACCCUCGAGAAACAGCAGCACUUUGUGGAGGUGGCAAGAAGCCGCGAUGUCGAGGUCUGUGAGGGGAGGCAACAGUUCAUCGAGAUGGCUGGGAAUCUGAUCCCUGUCACCAAGUCUGGCGACCAGCUCUUCGUCGAUUUCAAAGCUUUUCGAGAGAACCGACUGUCGUGCACACUGCGGGUUCGUGACCAGGACCAAGAGUCAGCCGCCAGAGUGGCGUUCAUGAAAGAGCCGAAGGUGGCGCGCGGGGAGGCGCCGCAGCCCCCCAUCUGUAACCUGAACAUCACACUGCCAGGAUGGUCUAAAUCUUCUUCAACCAUGGAGCUGGAAGGUGAGUCCUCCCUGGAAGUCAGGAAACGACACUCACUCUUGAGAGAACACGGAAUCGUUCUAGAAGACAGCUACAGUCGUGCCCAGAUCAAGCUGGCUGACGUGGCUGACUGCGUGCGCGGUGACUGGGUGAUACUGGCCCAUCAGCUGGACAUCACGGGGCCGGAGAUAGAUACCAUCAAGGCUGACUACAGGACCGUGGAUGACCAGGCCCUCGCCAUGCUGAAACUCUGGGUCAAUAAGAAGGGGCCUGAGGCCACCGGAAAUGCUCUCGAAAAUGGUUUACGGCAAGUUGGACGAGAGGAUGUUAUUAGAAAGACAAUGUACAAUGUAGAAGCUGUCCAGGAUGAGCUUGAAGCUGCAGCAGCUAGAGCAGCCAUGGACCAAUCAGGCUUCGACAAUUUCGCAGAAGAGGUUGGAAUUUCGCGGGAGUCCUCCUUAAGAAAAGGAAUGUCGCUGGAUGUGGAGUUUGAUGAGAAAGACAUCGUCAAGGAGUCAGAAUCAGCCAAUGAGGAUUCAGAUGACGGUGAGCAAAGGCUGAAAAAGAGAAUUGCCCCACAUGCACCCUCUGAAGGUGACAAUAUGUCAAUAACUGAGGACAUGAUAGCAGAGGUUGAUGAGCGACGAAAGGUCGCUGAGCUUGAGAGCGAACCUUCAGAACUUUCGGACCAAAAGAAGGAGGCUUACAUAGAUUUGAUCAUGCAAAUGGAUAGGCUCGAGGACGAGCGUGAAAAACGCUUUGCUGCUUAUAAACAGAGUGAAGAACUAGAGGACAGUGCUUCAGUCAAUGAGGAGGACUUUGUACCGGAAAAAAAGCAGAAAGACGAAACUGUUUUUGCACGUAUUGAGGUCCUAGGUUACGAAGCCGAAUUGAGGAGAGCCCCUCAGGUCCCUCAAAAUGACCUUGAUCUGGAGCAUCAGUCUCAGAAUGAGGCUGAAGAGCCCAACGUUGAACAAAUAGAACCCAAAGUAGAGGAAAUUGAACCUAUAGCUGAACCGCCAGUUGAGUCAGUGCAAGACACGAAUGGUUACUAUGACGAGGAAGGGCCUCAGUCUCCACCCCCCAGCCCCAUGGAGAGUGUUGUCCCAGCCGUGAGAAAUGAGCAGGAUAUUCUGCAAGCUAUUUCGGAGGAGGCAAAAAAGGGAGAGGCAAAGGAAGAAGAAAAGAAACAGCCGCCAAAGAAACCAGAGCGGCGCCGGACGCCUCCUAGGAUCGAACUCACCGAGUCAGAACCACCAACAGGGGAGGCUGACUAUGAAGAAGAGGCGAGCGAAAAAAGAGAACAAGAGCUCGGUAAAGAUGAAACUGAUGCAAAGACAGAAGGAAAAGUAGCUGAUGUUGCAGUAGUUGAGGAGGAAGAAUUCAUCUCGGAAUCUGUGACCGAAAUUGAGGAGAUUUUCCAGGUUUCCGAGGACGGUGUGCAUUGGAAGACGGUUAAGAAGAUUACCACUAUCACACCUCGAGGCACAACAGAGAGGGUGGUUGUUCUGGGAGAAACUGCUGCCACCAAAGAGAGCGCCAUCGAUCAGCUAGCUGCCCGUCUGUCGGAGCCCAGGGAAGGUCGUGACCCCUCAGAAGACAGGCCUGAAGGGGAAACUGACUCACAAACUGAGGCAAUCCACCAAACUAUCGCCAGACAAGAAAACACUGUGGAGAAACUAGUCAUACCAGAAACUGUGACUCAAGCUGGUUUUGUCGAAGCAGAUUCACUGGACCUACCAAAGACUGACUUGAUGAAACAUAACACUAAGCAUGUGGAGGAAAAACAAAGUAUUGAAGAUAUUAACAGAGGAACAGCAUAUCUUAGAAGUAGCAGUAGCAGCAGUAGCUCAGAUGCUGAAGAUCAGGGCAAAGAUAAUGGUUCUACAAAACAUCGCAAACGAAGUGACAGCACGAGCAGUGGCAGUAGCCAGAAAAGUGAAACAAAAUUUCAGAAGGUUACUGAAGGACAAGAUUACAAUAAAACACACACUAAACUUAAACCACUAGGGAAUCAAGAAGUCGUUGCUAAUGAGAAUGAAGAAAGAGUUAUUUCUCCUUUAGGUGAGCCAGAAAAAGAUUUUAAGAAAAUAAAAAGUCCACUUGCAGAACCUGUGUUUGAUAUCAAAGCUGAAUUUUUAAAUUUGAAUGAACCUGAUCAAACUCAAGCUGUAAGUUCUAAAGGAGAAAUAGAAUCAUACAUUGAUGAUCCAUCCAAAGAAAAGGUAAGGCAAACACAAGGUAAAAAAAAAGAUUACAUUCGAAAAUCAAGCAGCAGUAGUUCUAGUUCUGAUGAAGGCUAUGAUGUUGAUAUUGGUUUCCCAAGCAUGACAUCCGCACAAUUAGAGGAUAGGUCUGAUAGCAAAGAUGGCAAAAUAGAAUCAACGGAACUAGAAACUCGAGCUUUAGAUGCUAAAGGUUUAGUAACUGACAAACAGAUGCCAUUAAAACCGACAAUUGCUGGAAAUGUUGUUAAUGUUGCUGAUGAAAAUGAAGAAAGGGUUUUAUCACCUAUUGGUGACCCUACAAUAGACUUUAAGAGAGCAGUGAGCCCAAUUUUGGAACCUGAAAUAGACUUUAAAACAGAAUCACAAACCCAUGCAGAUGUCAAUGUUAAAACUUUUCCUGAGCUUGCACCAAUAAUGUCAGCUGAAAGACGUGAAAGUCUGAAAAAGAAAGUGACCUUUGCUGCAACUGUUGUUGAUAAUGAAGAAAUUGAAAGUUACACAUCAGAUAGUAACAAAGAAGAUGAAGAGUCUAGUGAAUCAGACACUUCGAGUACUACGGAAUCCGAGAGUGAAUCAGAUGAAGGCAGUUAUGUUGUUGAACCAAUAAGGUCUUUCAAAGAGAUAGAUGUAGAUCCUUUUUCAACAUUCAGACCAAUUGUAUCAGAUGUCAAUGAACCAGGACAAGAAUCUCUGCCAAAAGAAAUGGAUAUUCCUUCUCAUAAUGUUGAAGGAGAAAACUUUGUGCCUUUUAGCUCUGAUGAGCAAGAUGUGCGUAAUAAAGAUCUGAAGUAUGAUUCAGAUGAAGCAAGUACACAUUCUAGUGAUUCAUCUACUGAAAGUACUGGAGGAAAGGCAUCAUAUGAUGUAAACCCAGAGAUAGAGAUUCAGUCAGUUCAGUUAGGCGACGAUGUUGAAACAACCGGACAUUCUAUUGAACAAGCUGAAAAAAUUGAACAAAGUCAAGGUCAAGUAAAAGAAUGGCAAAUAAAUAUUCCAAGAGAAACAACAAUUGAUGAUAUUUAUCAAGGUGAUGUAAAAAGAAAGAAUUCCUCAUCUUCAAGUGAAAAUGAGGAAAAUGAUGAUCUUAUUGAAAGAUCAACCACAGUAGACACUGAUGUGAAACAUUCAGAAGUAAGCAUACCCUCUGAUAAUGUUGGAAGGACAACAACAGUCUCAGAAGAGAAGAAACGGUCUGAAGAAGAUGUUUCUUCUGAAGGUGAAAUGGCUGAUGAUACCUUUGAUAAACCAGUCUGUGACAGUGAUCAUUCAGCAAGUGAAAAUGAAGAUGCAGAUGUAAGUUUGUCAGAAAAACCUAAAAAAAGGAGGUUAAGCUCCACAUCUUCAUCAUCAAGCAAUGAUGAUGAUGAUGAUGAAAACAAUAAAGAUAAUAGAGAACAGAAAACAAAUGUUCCAAGAGAAACAAAUAUUGAUGACAUUUUUGAAGGGCAUGAACAAGGAAAGAAUUCUUCAUCUUCAAGUGACUCUGAAGAAAAACAUGAUCCUUCUGAAACGACUUAUAUGGAAGACACUGAUGGGAAACACAGAGAAACUAAUAUCAAUGAUUUAUUUGAGAAACAUUCAGAAGUAAGCAUACCUUCUGAUAAUGUUGGGAAGACAACAACAGUCCCAGAAGAAAAGAAACUGUCUGAAGAAGAUGUUUCUUCUGAAGGUGAAAUGGCUGAUGAUACAUUUGAUAAACCAGUCUGUGAGAGUGAUCAUUUAGCAAAUGAAGAUGCAGAUGUAGUUUUGUUAGAAAAAACAAUCAAAAGGAGGUUAAGCUCAACAUCUUCAUCAUCAAGCAAUGAUGACGAUGAUGAAAACAAUAAAGAUAAUAGAGAACAGGAAACAAAUGUUCCAAGAAAAACACAUAUUGAUGACAUUUUUGAAGGGCAUAAAAAAAGAAAAGAUUCUUCAUCUUCAAGUGACACUGAAGCAAAAUAUAAUCCUUCUGAAACAACAAUCACAGAAGACACUGAUGUGAAACACAGAGAAACUAAUAUUGAUGAUUUAUUUGAGAAACAUUCCGAAGUAAGCAUACCUUCUGAUAAUGUUGAUUGGACAACAACAGUCUCAGAAGAGAAAAAACUGUCUGAAGAAGAUGUUUCUCCUGAUAAUGAAAUGGCUGAUGAUACCUUUGAUAAACCAGUCUGUGACAGUGAUCAUUCAGCAAGUGAAAAUGAAGAUGCAGAUGUUAUUUUGUCAGAAAAACUUAUCCAAAGGAAGUUAAGCUCCACAUCUUCAUCAUCAAGCAAUGAUGAUGAUGAUGAUAAAAACAAUAAAGAAAAUAGAGAACAGAAAACAAAUGUUCCAAGAGAAACAAAUAUUGAUGACAUUUUUGAAGGGCAUGAAAAAGGAAAGGAUACUUCAUCUUCAAGUGACUCUGAAAAAAAACAUGAUCCUCCUGAAACAACUUUUAUGGAAGACACUGAUGGGAAACACAGAGAAACUAAUAUUGAUGAUUUAUUUGAGAAACAUUCAGAAGUAAGCAUACCUUCUGAUAAUGUUGGGCGGACAACAACAGUCUCAGAAGAGAAAAAACUGCCUGAAGAAGAUGUUUCUUCUAAAAAUGAAAUGGCUGAUGAUACCUUUGAUAAACAAGUCUGUGACCGUGAUCAUUCAGCAAGUGAAAAUGAAGAUGCAGAUCUUAUUUUGUCAGAAAAACUUAACCAGAGGAAGUUAAGCUCCACAUCUUCAUCAUCAAGUGAUGAUGAUGAUGAUGAUGAAAACAAUAAAGAAAAUAGAGAACAGAAAACAAAUGUUCAAAGAGAAACAAAUAUUGAUGACAUUUUUGAAGGGCAUGAAAAAGGAAAGGAUUCUUCAUCUUCAAGUGACUCUGAAGAAAAACAUGAUCCUUCUGAAACAACUUUUAUGGAAGACACUGAUGGGAAACACAGAGAAACAAAAAUUGAUGAUUUAUUUGAAAAACAAUCAGAAUAUACAAUACCAGCUUACAAUAUUGAGAAAACAUCUAAUGUUUUAGAAAAGGAUAAACCUUUACAAAAAGAUUUAACUGCUGAUGACAAAUUUGCAGAUGAUCAUUUGGGAAAAUCAUUACAAGACAUUGAUCAUCCAUCAAGUGAAAGUGAAAGCGGAGAUGAAGUAGAAAGUUUACCCAGCAAACGAGUCAAAACAAGGUCAAGUUCCACAUCAUCAUCAUCAUCAAGUAGUAAUGGAAACAAUGAAGAAACUGGAGAACAUAAAAAAAAUGUUCCCAGAGAAACAAAUAUUGAUGACAUUUUUGAAGGACAUGAAAAAAGACAGGAUUCUGAAAAUGAUGAUUAUUUAGAUAAACCAGUACAAGGCACUGACCAUUCAUCAAACGAAAGUGAAAGUGAAGAUGCAGGACAAAGUCUACCAGAACAAAUAAUCAAAACUAGUUCCUUAUCUUCAAUCAGUGAUAAUGAUGAAAACUUUGAAAAUACCAUACCAACAUUUAAGGCCAGUGAUGAGAGGGUUGCCGAAAGUUUUGAAAAACAGAAAUCAGUGGACUUGAAAUUUUUACAAGAAACUAAAAUUGAUGACAAAUUUGAGCGUUCAAAACAUAAACCUGAUGAGGAUGAAACUGAAGACAAACCUGUUAUAACAAUAACACCAGCUUCAAGUGAAUCUGAGAAUGAAGAUGAAACUAAUGUUAAAAUAAAGUCUUUAGACAUUUCUCAGGCAGACGAACAAGAUCAUUAUGCUUCAACAUCAGCAUCUUCAAGUGAUGGAGAAGGUGAUUCUGAAUAUGCUGUUAAGCCUGAAGUUGAUUUCAGCAAACUGGAUGAUGAAAAAUUUGAAGAUGACAAUGAACCAUUGUUUAUUGAAACUGUCAGUUCAAAACAUCUUCAGAACAAAGCUUAUUCCUAUGUUGAAAACCCAUUGGAUGAUGCAGCUGAUCAAAUACAAGACCAAAAAGCACCAAAGAGAAAGUUUAGUUCUUCUAGCUCUUCUUUUGAUGCUGAUGAUUUUGUUGGUGAAAAUGAAACAAAUAGAGUUGAAUCAUUCAUUGAACAUGAUAAACCAAAGGUGUUUGUUGUUCAACAGGCAGAGCCUAUCCAUUUAAGUGUAUCCUCCACCAAUAAUGUUAGUACUAAAGACGCCCAGUUACCAAAGGCUGACAAUGGUGAUUAUAUUAUUCCAGAAGAUAAAAAGAUUGCUGCAACAGAAACUUUGCUUGAAACAAGUGAAAAAGAAACAAUGCCAGUUUUGAAUGAAGAAAAAUCGUCAUCAUCAUCGUCCUCAUCAUCUUCAGACACAUCUGAUGAUGAGAGUGAUGUUCCUAAACAACCUGAUAUUAUUCAGGGACUUGAAACAGAUCUUGAUGCUGAAUUUGAGAAAUCUAUGAAAGAACCAAUCCAAAUUGUAAAGGAACCAGUGAUAGCAAAUAAUAAGUAUGAAACUGGUGCAAUUGGACCAGACUAUGUUAAAGAGGUAUACCAUGCUGCAAUUCCUGUUGAAAAACCUCCGAAUGUGGAAGGUGAAGAACAACCACCAAAAGAUGAAGUUUAUUGUGAAACGUCCUUAACUGUAAUUCGUAGAGUAAGAAUCAAGCAAAAUUAUGGAAGUGAUAAAACUGAAAGGCAACCAACAGCAAUUGAACUAAGUCUAGAUAAGAAAAGUCAAAUUCCGCCACAAAUAACUGAAGUCCCUGAGAGUGGAGAGUUUCCUGUCAAACAAAUGAGAUCUUUAAGUGAAUCAUCCAAUGAAAGCCAUGAUGCAAAGAGACAGGAAAUGGAGUCAAAAGAACAUGAAUUCAAAGAAAAGGAAGCAACGCCUCCUGCAAGGGAGUUUAUUUUUGUUGACCCGAUAAUGCUUGGUGAAAAACCACUACAUGUCAUGGAGACAUAUUACAGAGAAAUUCCAUAUACGGAUGAUCGCAAGUCAAGUUUCUCUUCGUCCUCUUCCUCAUCAUCGGGAUGGGAAAUUGUUGAUUCAGAGCCUGGUUCAGAAGAGUCUCCUGAGAAAGUGUUUGACUCAAGCUUGGCAGAAGGCGAGUCAGUAAUGGAAGAAAAACGUGACGACGGAACGGUCGUAAGGACACAUCGAAUAAAGCACCUGCCGCGAGGUCACGUCACUUUUGACCAGACGGAGAAUGUAGACUAUUUGGAAGAAGAGGGCCCAGAAAGGGUGGUAACUGUCGUCGAGGACAACGAAGAGGUACUUGAAGAUGGAACGGUACACAAGAUCCAUAAGGUUAGAAGACACUCAUUAAAACACAUCAAGAAAGAGUACAUAUCUGAUGGGGGUGAGAUUGCUGUUGUACAGGAUACCGAUGUUGAGGUGCCUGGGUCAGGGACAGAACAAAUCCAGGAGAUAUUUGAUGAACCACCAAAGAAAAUCUUUGAUGUAGAAGAAGAGGAACAAGUUCUUGAAGAUGGAACCAUUGUAAAAAGGAAGAUAAUCACCAGUAGUAUUACCCGUAAGACGAGAAUACGAUCAAAAUCUAUAGACGAAGCCACUGGUCAGGUAGUGUCAGAUGAGGAAGAAAUAGAUGAGGUUGUUCCAGGAACUCAAAUGUGCUUUGUGGAGAGAUCUGAUAGUUCCACAACAAGUUCAAGCUUUAUCGAUGAUCUUAAUGAACUUCAAGCAUCAAUUCGUGAGGAGGAAGAAACCCUUGAUGAUGGCACAUUCAUUCAGACCACGUUAUUGGAUGCAAAGCAGCACCGAAGGUCGAGGUCACGUUCAGGUUCGGUUGAUAGAGAACACACGAUUCAGAUAGAAGAACGAAGGAUAACCCCUGCGCACACACCUUCCAAUACCCCGCCUGGUUCCCCACGGCCGGGUUUAAGGGCUCCAAUAAACCUAGAGGAACUUGCAGAGAAAAUGGCAGCGAAAACCGUCCGGUCUGGUCAGUAUGAAUCUGUUACGCACAAGACAAAAGAAGAAAUUGAGCACACCACUGAGCUCUCCACACAUGAGUACGUACCACCCGCUGGCGCUAUAACCUCUAGGCAGUACAAUGAUGAGACACCAGAAGAUGACCGUGAAAGUGAUGACCUUGAAAAUAAUAACCUUGAAAAUGAUGACCAUGAAAAUGAUGACCUUGAAAUGGAUGAACUAGAAGAGGAGCAGCAAGAAUGGAAGGAACUUGAAGACACUGGUCUAGUGGUCCGUCCUGUAACAAAAGUGACGUACUCUCCCAAUACGACACUCGACCGAGCAGCAGAAGGAGCCAUCUCACAAGAGGAGUUGAGAGAGCGACAACAGCAGCGAAUGUUGUCAAUUGAUGAUGAUGACGGCACUACUGAAUAUGACCCUCAUGAACACGCAGAAAGCUUGCGUCAUGGAAUUCCUGACCAUUUUGCUCAGAAAAAAGGUCCCGUGUUUAUCGACCCACAGUAUGUGGAUUCUGAAGAGGAUGAAGUGGUUGAUUAUCAAGAUGGCGAGGAUGACGAAGGGGUAGAUGGGGCAGAGGGUGGAGACACUCAGACCACUCGAAUCACGAUGAAGAAGGAGAUUCACACUAAGACUGUCCUGAGGGACGGACAGGAGCAGACGUUUGUUUCGGAGGAUUCUCAAGUGGAGACAGAUCCUAACGCCCCGGAGGAACUGCGCGAGAGCAUGCAACAGAUUAUAGAUGAGUUCAUGGGCAGCCCCACCGAGGCGCAGAAACCUCUUGAACAUGAUGUGUAAAGAACACAAACUGCCAUUGGUCCAUUUACUAAGUGUGUAAUGCAACAGCAUUUCGGAUUGGCUGAUUGUGUUUUUAUCUAUACCAGAUGAUGAUACAUGAAGGCAACAUGAUUUAAAAUAGGUGUUUCAAUUUCUAUUUAAUGUAAACGGACAUUGUCUAUCAUUGGUAAUUUUCAGCUUUGGCUACAAAAUUUAUAUUUGUCAAAGUUAAAUAAAAAAAUUGAUUAAUUAGGACAGAUAUUUGUUUUAUUCAGUUUAAUUAUCUGUUAGGCCAAAAGACACAAACUCAAAGUUAAAGAUUGCAGUUUUCCUUGAUUACUGGUAUAAUUUGCUAUUUACACUCAUGAAUGAUUGAAACAGUGAAGUUUCCAGAUGAUCAUUAGUGAUAUGUUGUAUCCAUUAUUAAUUAUUUCAGCUACAAUUUGGAGAAUAUACCAGAUAUGGUUGUGUGUUUAAAUGCUCAUAAAAAUGCUAGCUUUAACAGUUUUUUUGCUUAGUUUUAAAUCUAUGAAUAAAUCACUUUUUAAACAAACAUUGUUAUUCUCUGAGAAAAAUCAUAUUUUCAUGUUUUCACAAUUACAACUGAUAUCAUAUGUUCCACAGCAAAAGGUAAAAUUUAUUUGUUUGUUAUACUAUAGUAUCUAUCUUAGAUGUUGUUUUUCAUCACUUUCUCAUUAUAUGUUAAAGCAACUUCCUUCAUUGUGUUGUUGUUACCUAAAAAGCAUUGUUAUUUUGAAAUGUUAAAUGAUAACUGAUUCUUUGGAGGGAAUUUGUGUAUCAAUUUAUAGAUCAAUUAAAUUUGUACACUUGAUUUAAGGUUCAAUUUUUACUGCUAUUUAUACAAACAUAGAUUGUAUUUUUAUUGCAUGUAUUCCCCCCCUAGCUUUUUGCUUAUAUCUUAUUUAUCUUUAAUAUACUUGUAUACUCAUGAUUUAUGUAUCAUUUAUAGUUUUAGCCAAUUAUAUAUCAUAUGUACUUUUCCUUUCUAUUAUCUUAAAACGAAUACAGUUCAACAAGAAUCUGACACAUUUUAAUAAUCACAUUUAAUAGUGUUGAUAAGGUCAAUCAAAAGCCCUGUUUGAUUGACUUGUAUCACCUUUCUUAACUCUGACCAUUUAGGAUUUUUAUAUUUUCUUCAUUGCUGUACUGUUACUAUAUGUUGUAAUCAAGUCUAAAUAAAUGCUUCCAGUAUGAAUCAUCA